CCGCUCUAUAAAUCGGAAACCCUAAACGGGAAGGCAGGACGACAAAGGAAAGGAGCGAUAGAUUCUACCAGUUCGAUCGAGAGAGAGAGAGAGAGAGAGAGAGAGAGUUCUUCUCUGUUAUGAUUGUUCUUGUUGUUUCUGUCAUUUUUUAGGCGUCGUAUAUAGAAUUUUGUUUUUUAGAGUUUGAGGGCACCAAAUUCGGAUCUUCGUGGACAUACGGCGUUAGCUCUAGCGUAACAACGCUGGGGGGUAGAUUUGCAAUCAGGGUUGUUGUGCUGGUUGUCUCUCUGUGUUUCGCGAUAAAGGAAGCUUGUGUAUUUUCUUUUAUAUGGCGACUAUCGAUCGGAAAAAUGGGGGUUUGGUAGACACAGGCGUUGGUGAAUGGAUUGGAGGCCCUGGAGACGGCGUUUCAGAUACAAUUGAAUUUGAUGCUACACGAUAUGCAUUUUUUGGAAAUAGUGUAUUGGAAGAGGUUGAGUUAGGUGGAUUAGAAGAUGAAGAUAGUGUUAAUGAUCCCAGCUUUGUUGGGAUUGAUGAUGAUUAUCAAUAUUCUGGCCUAGGAGAUAUAUUAGAGGGAGAACGAGCCCAGUCAAUAACUGAUAUUGAUGAUCUUGCGAGUACUUUUUCAAAGAUGGACAGAGGUAUUGUUGAGCCAAGGAGGACAGAAGUACUUGGUGGCCGAGGUUCUUUUUCUAGGGAAAGUUCAUUGGCUCCUGAGUGGGUACAGGACCCUGGGUUUUGGCAAGAUCAUCAUAUAUUGGAUGCUGAUGGUGCCCAGGAUGGUAAAAGAUGGUCAUCGCAUCCUCACCCUCUUUCUGGCUAUGCUCCAGAUUCCAGACCUCUGUACAGAACAUCAUCCUCUCCUCAACAGCAGCAACAAUUCAAACUGAGUGAACCGAUCCAGUUUCCAAUAUCUUCUCGUACAUCCUUCCCUCUACGUGGUGACACUUCACAAUUCCAUCCGAAUCCCUUGCACCAAGGAAUCAUCUCACCUUCUAGUUCUGGCCUCCAGGUGCCUUUCUCUCCACCCAAUCCCUACCCUUUUUCCCAACUCCAUCCAGAAGCAGCCCAUGGAUCACAUCAGGAUGGAAAUUUUACUCAGUUUGGGCCACCGGGUCUCUUGAUUAAUAGCAGGCAACAAGGUCAUCGGUCAGAACGACCUAAUAUCCUUUCAUCAAAUAUGUUGGCUGAUCCAACACAGAAUCAACGGCAUUUCCAUAAUCAAAGGCAUUUCGACAACCAAAUUGCUUCUCGACUGGUGCAUCAGCAACAUGGAAUGCAUCAAAUUUUGCCUCCAAUGACACGUUACCCCCACAUGCAGGCACAACAGUUCCGCCCUAGUCAAUCGCCACCCCAGACUAUGAAUAAGUUUGAAACUAUGAUGAGGCCGACUGAGUUCAGGGACCAGAGAUUUAGAACAAUGUACAGAGGAGGAGAGUACUUUGGGUUUGCUCAACACCCUUCUGACAUUGGCAUCCAGAAGAUGGAUAAUGCAUGGCCGAGGUUUUAUUCUAAAUACAUGACAACCGAAGAGCUUGAGAACAUUGUGAGGGUGCAACACGCUGCAACUCACUCCAAUGAUCCCUAUGUAGACGAUUACUAUCACCAAGCUUGUCUUGCAAAGAAAUACGCAGGAUCAAAUUUGAAGCACCAUUUCUGCCCUAAUGUGACCAAGGAUUUGUCUUCUAGACCCAGGUCCAAGGAUGAGCCACAUCCGUAUCUCCAGGUGGAUGCACUCGGGAGACUUUCUUUCUCAUCAAUUCGUAGACCUCGUCCUCUUCUUGAGGUUGAACCAAAAUCAGCAUCUGCAGAUAAUACUCCUGACCAGAAAUCAUCCACAAAGCCCUUAGAGCAGGAGCCUAUGUUGGCUGCUAGGAUCACCAUCGAGGAUGGUCUCUCCCUGCUCCUUGAUGUAGAUGAUCUCAAUCGCAUACUACAAUUCAGUCAGUUGCAGGACGAUGGCUCCCAACUUGAGAGAAAAAGAGAGAUGCUCCUGCAAGAAGUUGCUGCAUCUUUUCAUUUAGUUGAUCCCCUUGGCCAAUCUGGUCAAUCUGGGGUAAUUCUAGAGGAUGAUCUAGUGUUUCUUCGCUUGCUUUCUCUUCCAAAAGGCCGUAAGCUAUUCUCUAGGUACCUUCAACUUCUUGCCCCCGGAAGUGAGAUCACUCGUGUCAUCUUCAUGGCCUUUUUUCGCCGCCUGAGAUUUUUGUUUGGUGUUAUGCCAUCAGAUACAAGUGCAGCUGAAAGCACCACCAAACUUGCAAAGACCAUUGCUUCGUGCAUGCUUCUCAUGGACUUGAACUCUCUCAGUGCAUGCCUAGCUGCUGUUGUUUGUUCUUCAGAACAGCCACCUCUUCGCCCACUCGGUAGUUCUGCUGGUGAUGGUGCCUCUAUUAUCAUUAAAUCUGUUCUCGAUAAAGCGACAAUGCUUCUAACAGAUCAUAACUCUGCUAGCAAUUAUAGCAUUUCUAGCCGCAAUCUCUGGCAGGCAUCAUUUAAUUCCUUCUUCGGGCUUCUCACAAAGUACUGUCACAGUAAAUUUGAUAGUGUAAUGCAGCCUCUCCACAUGCAAGCUCCAGGAGCUGCUGUUGUUGGAUCAGAAAUUGCUAAAGCAAUAAAUCACGAGAUGCCCGUGGAGUUGUUGCGAGCGAGCCUUCCCCAUACUAAUGAGCAUCAGCGUAAGUUGUUACUUGAUUUUGCUCAGAGAACAAUCCCCUCUAAUGGAGGAAGCAACGGGCAUUAAACCUCUCAACAGUGGCCGAUUAGGGCAUUAUCCCAGUGUAUGUAUGAUGAAAGAAAAUUGCUGAUUCUGAUACCAAACCAUGAAGUCGAUGGUGAGCGGUGCCAUAACAAACCCGCAGUUCAUGAAUCUUGUUAUCCUUUCAUCAUAAAACUCGCCACUCUUGCUUUCCUAUAACCUUGCCAGAUCGUCCUAUAUAUUAUCCGUGUUGGAGUUUGACCAGAAGUUUACUUCUGGGGAGCUUAUUUUGUCGCUCUGCAACACAACUCCGUAUGCAUAGGAAUAGGAGUUGUACAUGUUUUGGAAGGUGUAGCACAUCCAUCUGCAUUUAGUUUCAUGUAUCGUCAGUGACAGAUUGGUGUUCUAGCUAUAUCGGUUGAUAUUUGAGCCAGCACCUUAUUCUCCAUGCUACUUCAUCAUGUUAUCUAAUUGUAAUACGAUAAUAAUUCAUUUACUAUCAACUUAUGGUUGUUUGUGCCGUCUAAUAAAUCAAUCCUUUCUCA